GGAAACUCUGCCUUCAACUAUUUAGCUAAAUUGCGCGCUGUACAUAGCUAAUUCAUUCCUGUAUAUUGCUUUGCUUGCCGUUUUCCUAUUUCACUACACAGUUCAUUAUGUAUUGUCUGAAAACGUUAAUGUUGACCAACUCAGGAGUUUUAGAGCGGCUCGUAAAAGAUGCGACAAAACGGGUAUUGUCUGGGUGUGCCAGCAGUGUUUUGGUUAACAGGCGAGCACCUCACCGGUUGACCUGUACCAGUUCGCCAGCUCACCUGCAUUCACGGAAAGAGCAAGCCGUUGCGGACGUCAGCCAUGCGCAGCCCCAGAAAGGCAUGAACAGAGAGGGACUGUUCUCUGGGCUGGAAGAUACACUCUUCUAUACAAUCACUGAGGGAGAGGAGAAGAUCCCAGUCUCCCGCUUCAUUUCUGCCCUGAAGAGUACUGGUCUGACGACCUCCGACCCCCGUCUGCGUGACUGCAUGGACAAGCUGCGUCGUGCUGCGCGGGAGUCCAUAAGCGAGGUCAUGGUGGACAGGGAGCUCUUCCGAAAGUGUGCAAGCAGUAGCCUCGUUUUGCUGACCCAGGCCUUCAGGAAGAAGUUUAUCAUCCCUGACUUUGAGGCCUUCACAUCCAACAUCAACCAGAUCUACCACACUGUUCAGAGGCAGGAGGAUGGACAUGUAGCAGACUACAUUCCCCACCUGGCCAAGUUCAGCCCUGAGUUAUGGGGUGUAUCUCUGUGUACAGUGGAUGGGCAGAGGCACUCUGUGGGUGACACCAAGGUGCCGUUCUGCCUGCAGUCUUGUGUGAAGCCUCUGGAGUAUGCCAUCGCUGUGCAUGAGGCUGGCACCGAGCGUGUGCACCACUAUGUGGGCAAGGAGCCCAGCGGCCUCAAGUUCAACAAGCUCUCCCUCGACGAGGACGACAAACCCCACAAUCCAAUGGUCAAUGCAGGAGCAAUUGUCAUCAGCUCCCUUAUCAAGCCUGGCUCAAACAAGGCAGAAAGGUUUGAUUAUGUGAUGGAUUUUGUAAAUAAGAUGGCUGGCAGAGAAUAUGUGGGCUUCAGCAAUGCCACCUUCCAAUCAGAGAAGGAGACAGGGGACAGAAAUUUUGCUAUUGGAUACUACAUGAAAGAGAAAAAGUGUUUUCCCAGAGGAGUGGAUAUGAUUGACGCGCUGGAUUUCUACUUCCAGCUCUGCUCCAUCGAGGUGACCUGUGAGUCCGGCAGCGUGAUGGCCGCCACCCUGGCCAACGGGGGAAUCUGCCCCACCACGGGCGAGCGUGUGCUGAGUGCGGAGGCCGUGCGCAACACCCUCAGCCUCAUGCACUCCUGCGGCAUGUACGACUUCUCAGGACAGUUCGCCUUUCACGUGGGUCUGCCUGCAAAGUCGGGGGUGUCGGGGGCAGUACUGCUGGUGGUACCCAAUGUCAUGGGGGUGAUGUGUUGGUCUCCCCCCUUAGACAGGGUUGGGAACAGUGUUCGGGGCAUUCGCUUCUGUCAGGAGCUGGUAUCUUUGUUCAACUUCCACAAUUAUGACAACCUGAGACACUUCAUGAAGAAGCUGGACCCUCGGAGGCAGGCAGGGGAUGAUCGGAACAAAUCUGUGGUGAACUUGAUGUUUGCGGCUUACAGUGGAGAUGUCUCGGCACUGAGGAGGUUUGCGCUGUCCUCGAUGAACAUGGAGCUGAAGGACUAUGACUCACGCACUGCGCUUCAUGUGGCAGCUGCUGAAGGUCAUGUGGAGGUUGUGCGGUUCCUCACACAGUCAUGCAAAGUUAACCCUUUUGUGAAGGACAGAUGGGGAAAUACUGCUCUGGAUGAUGCCAUGCACUUUGGCCAGGACAGUGUGGUGAAGGUCUUGCAGGAGUACCAGCACACCUGCAGCUUGCCGGAACCGCAGUCUGACACAGAGGACCAAAGCAAGCUAGAGACCCUGGAGGGGAUGAUGUGAACAGUGCUAGACCUCCCCUUACACCCCUCACUAACAGCAGCCAAAGCCAGUGAGGGAGAUGGUUCACAGAGAGGUUUCUGGUCUAUGAAUGUCCCUCCUGUCUGUAACAUUUCCACCUCCUUUCUACUUAACUAAUGCAACCUUUUAUUUGUUAAU